CGCGGGGAGAACCUCAUUCUUGUUCUUGCUCGAUUGUCCUCAACACUGGAGCAAGAGGCCUUGCCCGAUGUCCAACUACCAGUACAAGCGGCUGAACAUACCGAAACGCCGACGAAGACAUGGACGAUCAUGCCCGCGAUGAUAUUGGGGACCUGCUCACCCACUGGAUCCCAAGGGACCCCCUUCCGCAAUUCAUAGACGACACCGUCUUCCUGGAAAUCAAGGAUCUCCUGGCUCAGCACCCUGAUGAUGCCAUCCAAAAAUGGAGUCGUAAUCCGAGGACUUAUACUCUUCUCCGCAUGCUCGGCCAUGUCGAGGACGGCAGUGUCUUCCUUGUAUUUGUCCGUGAGCAGAUCGGAGACGUAUGGCUGCCUCUAUCGACGCGCUAUCUAUCUGGACCACCUCUCGCCACAAGUGGUCUAUCCAUAAAUGAGUUUCGACGUCUGCAGCCUUAUGUCCUUUCCAAACCAGAGCUUAUGAACGAGUCAAACUUUCUCUCUGGCGUCCAUACCCACCGAUAUAUUAUACAAGGCAAAGCGCACUUCGAGGAGCUGGAAGAGCUCGGCCAUGGCGGUUCUGCUCAAGUAGGACGAGUACGGCACAAACUGACAGGCAAGUACUUCGCCUGCAAACGCAUAGCUCGUGGCAGAACUUUCAAGGAACAGCGGCAUCAGCUUGUUGAAUUUGAGCAAGAACUCAUUGUUCUACAACGCGUGCACCAUAGGCACUUAGUCAGUUACGUCGGUAGCUAUACAGAUUUCGACUCAUUCUCUCUGAUCCUGAAUCCCGUUGCCGAUCAAGUCCUGAAGGCUGUCCUGUUACGCCAAGACAAGGACCAUCUUCUUCCACCUGAAGAAGUGCUAUGUCUGAGAGCUGCCUUUGGCUGUUUGGCUACAGCAAUCUCAUAUCUGCACGACCAGCGAGUGCGACACAAAGACAUCAAGCCCGGAAACGUGCUGAUCAGCGGAGGAGGACGCAUAUACCUGUGCGACUUCGGCAUAUCGCGAGACUGGUCAAUAGACGAACACAGCACAACUGAAGGUACCGUGUUUCGCUAUACUCGCAGGUACUGCGCACCCGAAGUCAUCGGCCAGGGUAGUAGGAACGAAUCUUCCGACAUCUGGUCUCUAGGUACUGUUUUCCUGGAAAUGAUUACCGUCAUCAAAGGAUACGCUCUUGACGAUAUGAACGAAUUCUUGUCACGAGUCAGCGAAGGGACGAGCACGCAGGGGUUUUGGAGCGCCCCGAAAGAGAUCAAGCUGUGGCUCGACGAUAUCCGAAGUAGCUCUCCGGAUGAUGCCCCGCUUGACUGGGUAACUAUGAUGAUUCGAGAAGAUCCCGAAAAGAGACCCACGGCCGAACAGAUCCUCAACAUGAUCCACCAGCACUCACACGGGCGUACUCCAUCGGAGUCCUUUAUCGGACCAUGCUGUACAAGGUUUGAUAGUGUCGUAUCUAAUGAUAUGCUGGACAGUCCUACGUUGUCCACUGAGCCGGUCGCUGGCCUGGGGAUAUCCAGCAUCGCUCCUCGCACUGCCUUUGGCUUCUCAGACGUCGCCAGGAAACCCACUUCGAUAUCACCCGGCAGUAAAUCGUCUCGGGAACGAUCAAUAUCACCGAAGGCUCCGAGGCACUCUCGGGGCGGCAGUGGAAAGAAUUCGGUCACAAUAACUCAAGCGCCCAACCGUCUUAGCGUUGAUGCUACUAUGACUUCCUCAGCUCAAGGGUCUACUAUUUCUCGCCAGAGCUCGAGAGCAUCGCAACUCCAAUCCAUGUCGCCGCCAAUGGACUCAGUAGUGUCCUUCCCACUUUCUCCAAUCCCGCCGCCAGCAAGCUUUGAGGUAGAAUGUCUAUGUGCUCGACAGCCUGAGGAGCAGCAUAUAUUCAACGCGGUCAUCACCUCUUUCUUGAAGGACGAUGGAAAUGACGCCGCAACAGAUAUCUGCACACGAUGCGAGGUACCUGAGCUUCGAGUACAAAUUUAUGAAACUCCUGCGAGAGAUCUAAAAUCAAACCGUCACAACGGCUCCAAAGAGCAAGCACAGAUGCCCCAAAUAGAGUGGGUGACACGACGACUUGUCGUAAGUCAUUCGACCGGAGUUCCCGCAAGAAGGCAUUGCCAUUCGUUCUGGCUUCCUCUUGCGGAUAUUACGUAUCGAGUCGACGGCGACCAAGUCACUAUCUCGUGGUCGGAUUGCAAUCAGAUGAGAUCGAAGACAAUCGGUAACUAUGGCGAGCAGUAUGAUUGGAUGUAUGACCCACUUCAUCCCAAUAACACAUUGACAUUAACCUUCGCAGAUCGCAUCGAUGCUUCCAAACUCAUCAGUCGUCUGCGAUUCCCCAUUGAAGAUGGUGUUAUUGUCCGGAGCGGCGUGGAUGUCGAGAUAUCACCAUCACAAGAGGCUCGAAUCUACGAUGUAGGCAGAAAGAUAGCCGCUUCCCGAAUACUUGAUUAUCGAAUAGCAAUCAUUACCACCCAUACACCCUCUGGUUUUGAUACCUCCAAGCUUUACAUUCGGUACAAGGAUCUAGAUCUAGACCUUCGUGGAUGCGAUGCCGAGGGCGAUCCUCGUGCACCAAGUCGCGACUAUCAAAUGAGCUUAACAAUAGCCAACAUAGCUACGCCAACUUAUCAUUCCGAUGUUAGAGGUGAACCAGCUGUCGAUCAUGACAAAGUAGGGCGAUUCAAGCAGGCGUUGCAACUCAAAACUUCCUUGAAUGUCGCUUUUCCCCUAGGACCUAUGCCAACUCUGCCUUAUCCUACAACCGGUAUUGUCGCCUUUCUCUCCGCACUAACCGGUUGGACUUUGAAAUAUUUCGCCACAACCCGCCCGAAAGAAUCAAAGCGGUGGCCGACACCGCGGAGAAAGAAACACGGCCCGUCAGACGUUUUGCUGUGGGAGAAACUAGUAAAUACUCCUUCAGACAAACGUACCUUAGCUCAGAUCACCUUCCGAAGCCACACGGAAGGCGAAAAGCUCUGGACCACGGCUACUAUAAACCAAAUGACAAGCAUCUCGACGUCCUCGACGGCAGAUGCUACCCUGACUAUAUCCAACAAAGUCCGAGGCUCGCUUCUUGACAUUGGAAAGAUGACAGCGAGCCAACCGCAGGCUUCGGCAAAAGAGCUAAAGGGCUCCCGACAUCAUCACGAGCAACGAGAAAACCACUCUGAGAUUGGGUUAACGUUCCAAGAUAGUCCACACCGACUAGAAUUCCUAAAUGUUAUCGAAGAACUCAAGACUGCGACAUCAUCGCAGCCAUUCGCUCUACCAAGGCGCUCCAUGGCUUCUAGCAGCUCAGAACCGUUCCAUCGAAUCAACAGCCUUGCUCCCGCAGGUUCGCCGUCCACGCGGAGUUCUGGGGCCUCACUGUAUCAGCCGCGCAGCCCGUAUACUUGAUCAAUUCUGCCAGAUUCGGAACCUACUAUCUAGCCUCGAGCUUCCGUUCACACUAGCACCCUAGUGCUAGCCAAAACCUGCCCAAAUACCUCGCCUUG